CCGGCGGGGCCGGGGCGGGGCCAGCGCGGCCGCCGCCGUGAGGGGGCUCGGCUGGGGCGGCCCCGCUCCGCGUCCCGGGGUCCCGCACCCUCGCCAUGGGGCCCGGCCCCUCUCCGCGCCCGGGCCCCGCGCCGCGGCCGUCCCGCGUGGCCUUGGCCGUGCUGCUCUGUGCCGCCCUGUUGCUGUCGCUGCCUGUUCGCGGCGCCGGUGAGCGGCGGCGCUUGGCGUGCUCCACCUGCCGGGGCAUCGUGGACAGGUUCAACCAGGGUUUAGCAGAUACGGCUAAAAAAAACUUUGGUGGUGGAAACACUGCUUGGGAAGAGAAGACGCUGUCCAAGUAUGAGUCUAGUGAGAUUCGUCUUGUAGAGAUCAUAGAGAAUCUGUGUGACAGUAGUAACUUUGAAUGUAACAACAUGGUAGAAGAACAUGAAGAACUUAUAGAGAAAUGGUGGUUCAAAUUAAAGAAGAAGUAUCCAGAUUUGUUUAAGUGGUUUUGCAUUGAAACAAUAGAAGUUUGCUGCCCUGCUGGAACUUACGGACCCGAUUGCCUUGCUUGUCAUGGUGGAUCAGAAAGACCUUGCCAUGGAAAUGGCCACUGUGAUGGUGAUGGUACCCGAGGUGGAGAUGGCUCAUGUAGUUGUAAGAAGGAGUACACAGGACAGUUCUGUUUGGACUGUUCUAGUGGUUACUUCAGUUCCUUGAGAAACGAGACGCAUUCUGUUUGUACAGCCUGCCAUGCUGCCUGUAAAACUUGUACUGGUUCAAGUAACAAGGACUGCCAAGAUUGUAAGGAAGGCUGGAUUAAAAAUGAAGAUGGAGCUUGUGUGGAUUUAGAUGAAUGUGCGGCUUCUCCUUGCAAAGAUCACCAGUAUUGUUUAAACACAGAUGGAUCUUUCUCAUGCAAAGCAUGUGAUGCCAGCUGUGUGGGUUGCACAGGAGAAGGUUCUGGAAAAUGUAAGACCUGUGCAUCUGGAUACAUGGAGGAAGAUGAGAAGUGUACAGAUAUAGAUGAAUGUAACCUUCCUGAAAAGGUCUGUACAAAAGAGAAUCAAGACUGUGUUAAUACAUCAGGUAGUUACAAGUGUGUAUGUUCAGAAGGCUUUGAAGAUAAGGAUGGAACAUGUGUUCAAACUGUAAAACCAGGAGAGGAAGUAGAGGGUGAAACAACUGAGCCUUCACAUACUGAACAUGUUGACUUAUGAUCUGCAUUCAGAACCAAAAGACAUUCCUAUCUAAAGUUUUAAAUUAUUGGACUAAGCCUCUGCUAGCUGGCAUACUCUGGAAGUGGUAUGAAAUAUCCAGGUUGUCAUUAAGACUUUUUUUUUUUUAAUGGUGACAACCUGCUCUUUAAGCUGCAUUUCUUUAUUCUUAAAUCCCACUUUUUAUAUAAUUCUUCAAAAACAACACUCUAGAUGGAUUAGUAUUAAAAUUUGAAGGAACAUAACACUGUACCCAGCAACUGUAAACAACUUGCAGGCUUUUUAUUCUAGUGCCUACUGAAAACUGUUAUCUUCUGGAAGAAUUUAGUUGCACUUCAUAAUUCAAGGAAAAUUUAGACUGAAGUUUGUUGUUUCUAAUCAUGAGAAAUAUUUCUGUAAUUGAAAUACAGUUUUGGAAAUUGUCAAAGGGAAUCUCUCUGGGGGGAGGGAAACGCUGUUCCCUUAAACAAAAUAGAAUGCCUAAUAUUGCAUUCAAUAAAAGUGUAUUUUGUUGGAAUGUGCCUUAAAAUUUUUAAGAUGUUAAUACCUUGAUGUGUUGUCACGCCUAUUUUUCUUUUAAGUCAGUGAAAAAACCCCAAAACCACAAAAGCAACCCAAACAACCCUCAAAAAAAAAAAAAAAGCCAGAACCUUGUAAACUGUAUUUCAGUUCAGCACUGAAUUCAAGCACUCAGUUGUAUUGAAAUAUACAUGAAAUAAAAAUGCCAACCCAACAGCA